AUGGUAAAAUCUAGUUUACAACGCAAAGCUCCUAUAACCAAAGGCUAUAUAUGUAUAUUUGUAUGCUUCGCGACCAAAGCAAUACAUAUAAAAUUAGCUAGUGAUUUAUCAACUGAAUGUUUUUUAAAUGCACUGAGACGAUUUUGCAGCAGGCGAGGAAUAUGCUCAGAAAUUUACUCAGAUAAUGCCACAAAUUUCGUGGGUGCUAACCGCAAGUUACAGGAACUUAAAAAUUUAUUUUUAUCAGACACGUUAGAUCCCGAAAUCCAAAAAUUAACGGCAUAA